AUGGCCGCCCCCGACGAACCCACGCCCCUCGUCGAGGUCCCGAUCGUCGACGACAGCUUCGACGACUCGCGCAGCCGCUCGGUAUCGGAGGAAGAACGCCGACGACGAUGCGCAGCCUUCGCCGCGCUCAAUGAAACUUUCGUCCUCGGGACAACCACGACGCGACGGGACAGCCACGAUGCGCUUGAGGCCCCCGCCCGAGGCCAGGUCUUCGCCGCCGCCGCGGCCGUCGAUACGCCCGCCGCCGUCGCGCGCGGACCGCGCGAGGGGACGUCGACGCCACCCGUCCGCGAUACCACGCCCCGAGCCGCGGAAGACUCCCCCAACGACGACUCCGCCCACGACGACGCGGACGCCCCUAAACCCGCGUUCACAAAGUCGGAGGUUGCCGGCAUCGUCGCCAUGCUCGGCUUCCUCGACGCGUCGCAGCAGAGCAUCGUUCACGGCAUCAUGCGGCGGGAACACGCCGACGAACCUCCCGAAGAUCUCAUGAAGCUGUCCCCAAACGCUCUCGCGUGCGUCGACGAGUACGUCCGCGAGCUACUCCUCCUCCCGAGCUGA